AUGUUACCGCCUCAACGACUAGGAUGGAUUGGGUUGGGUGCCAUGGGAUGGCCUAUGGCCAAGCAGCUACUGGCUAAUUAUUCUAGCGCGACUUUAACGGUCUAUGACAUCGAACAGUCCCUCCUUGAAAAGUUUGCGAGUGAGGAACCAGAGCGCGUUAAAAUAGCAUCCAACGCGAAACAAACCGCGCUCGAAUCUGAUUGGGUGUUCACCAUCGUCCCUGAGGGUAAACACGUUCGACAGGUAUAUCUGGAUGAGGAAUCUGGCAUCUUGGCCGCAGACAUCAUAGGCAAGACAUUUAUUGACUGCUCGACAAUUGACCUCGAAACCUCCUCGGAGGUCGGCGCAGCAGUCAUUUCCGCAAAAGCGGCCUGUUUUGUUGACGCGCCGGUAUCUGGAGGGACGGCUGGGGCAGCCAAAGGCACGAUUACGUUCAUGGUCGGAAUAGCUCCAGAGGACCCAUAUUUCCCGGUCAUCCAGACGAUUCUCUCCACCAUGGGAAGGACUGUCAACGCAAUGGGAGGAAAGGGGUUAGGCUUGGCUGCUAAACUUUCCAACAACUACUUGAGUGGCUGCAUCGCGAUCGCCUUAUCGGAGGCAAUGUCCAUUGGAAUGAAGCUUGGGAUUGAACCAAAACUUCUCAGCGACACCUUCGAUAAAGGCACUGGCGCGAACUGGGUUAACAAGGUUAUGAACCCCGUGCCUGGUGUGUGCCCUGAUGCAGCGACGAGCAAAGGAUAUAUAGGUGGCUUCAAGGUGGAGCUCAUGGAGAAAGACGUCCGAUUGGCCACUCAAGCAGCGCAUCAAGUCGGCGUAAAACUCGCAUUGGGAGACGCAGUCGUAUCUACAUAUUCUCAGACAGCAGCUGAUCCAGCAUUCAGAGGAAAGGACAGUCGUGUCGUAUAUCAGUGGUUGAAUCACCCGUCUACCGAAUAA